UGAUAAAAAGCAGUGAAACUACGCUUCACCAUAAACUACGUUUGAUGGGUCCAAAUUGCUAAAACGAAGAUCGACGGCGCCUACUGGCGUUAAGGUCGUUCGUUGUCCUCCAGUGCGGUCUGCGUCAUCGGAGAAAUCAAAUUCGGAACCGUUUUGUUUUAGUGCCUAAUUUGCUCCAAGGAAUUGUCCGGACGAUUUAUCUUUCGCUAACAUUGCUGGAAGUGAAUUCCCGUUCAAAAAAUUGGCAAAAGCAAGUGUAACUGCUAAAAAAAAGUUGAAGCGACUAGUGCAUCAGUCCAUCAAUUGUGAUAAAUCAGCUGUAUCAGCAGCAACCAUAAUAGUUUUCAACAAGCGGUAAAAAAUAUCCGUGCCGAUGUUGAAAAUGCCUCUAUUCGGUAAGUCUCAGAAAAGCCCUCAGGAGCUUGUGAAGGCUUUAAAGGAGGCAGUCAACUCGCUGGAACGAGGUGAUAAAAAGGCGGAAAAGGCACAAGAAGAUGUCAGUAAAAAUCUGGUUCUCAUAAAAAAUAUGCUGUACGGCACGUCAGAUGCAGAACCGCAGACGGAAAUUGUUGUGUCGCAGCUUGCACAGGAACUGUAUAAUAGUAAUCUGCUCUUGUUGCUGAUACAGAACCUGAGUCGCAUAGAUUUUGAAGGCAAAAAAGACGUUGCACAAGUAUUCAACAAUGUGCUUAGGCGGCAAAUCGGCACUCGAUCACCGACAGUGGAGUAUAUCUGCACAAAGCCAGAGAUUCUGUUUACACUUAUGGCUGGGUAUGAACACCAGGAAAUUGCCCUAAACUGUGGCACGAUGCUGCGGGAGUGUGCGCGCUACGAAGCGCUUGCCAAAAUUAUGCUUCACUCGGACGAGUUUUUCAACUUUUUCCGAUACGUUGAAGUGUCCACCUUCGACAUCGCCUCGGAUGCCUUCUCCACAUUCAAAGAACUGCUCACGCGUCACAAAAUCCUGUGCGCUGAGUUCCUGGAACAAAAUUACGACAAAGUGUUUAGCCACUACCAGCAUCUGUUGAAUUCGGAAAAUUACGUGACACGAAGGCAGAGCUUGAAACUUCUGGGAGAGCUGCUGCUAGAUCGACAUAAUUUUACGGUUAUGACGAAAUAUAUCUCCAAUCCGGACAAUUUGAAGCUGAUGAUGAACAUGCUGAAAGAAAAAUCUCGAAAUAUACAGUUCGAGGCGUUCCAUGUGUUUAAGGUAUUUGUGGCGAACCCGAACAAACCGAAACCGAUUCUCGACAUACUGCUACGAAAUCAGGAAAAGUUGGUGGACUUUUUAACGAAAUUCCACACGGACCGAUCUGAGGACGAGCAGUUUAACGACGAAAAAGCCUAUCUGAUCAAGCAGAUAAAGGAGCUGAAACCGGCUCCCGAUCAAUAGUAAUACGGGAUGCAAGAAUAGAGCAAAAAAAAAUACGCACGUAAAAUCCUUCAAUCUCUCCCGUCUCCCAUAUUACCGCUGCGUUCCCACGCAUCCCGUUUGAAUUAGCUUUCUUCCCAGCACUAGUAUUUUGUAACGAAAGGCAAGACACACACACAUAUUACUAUAAAUAAAUUAAAUUUAGACUAACCAGUAUAAAGCUUAUUAUGAUAGUGAUUACGAAUAAAAUUUUGAGAAACACUCACAUAAAUCAUAAUAUAGCAAACUGAAACUGAAAAAGUCGAAAGAAGUUAAAAAAUAGUUGAUAGGAAGAACACAAAGCAGAACCUUAUGUAAUCUUAGACCAUCUGAAAUUGAGAGAAUAAUUCACUCUAAAGAGUAAUAUAUUUAUUAAGCUAAAAUGAAACGAUUUUCGGCUGCUACGAAACGAUAAUACAUACAAAUGUUGUACUAUACCGAGUUGCAAUUGGUUUUCUUGUGAGCGUAGUCUAGAACCAGCCAACCAGCUGUUGAUUUGUAACCCGUAUGGAUUCUUAUAGAAUGCAAACAGAACGAUGCAAAUCCAAAUUGCAAUCCACUUCAUGUGUACUUGUUCAUUUGAUUACUAUACGAGCGCUUUGUUUUCUCGGUCUGAGAGUGAACUGGUAGACAUUUACAAUUUAUAACUGUACUAGAUUUAGUGUAUCUCUUAAAUGUUUUUCUGUACUUUGUUUUUUCCUAUUCGGAUUGGUUGCAAAUUUGGACGAAUGGGCAUAGUUCAAAUGUUUUGAUAAAGUUAACUAAUCGUGUUAGCACUUGGUUGGAACACCUUCUUACCUCAUUAGUGUCCAGAAUAAAACCUAGCAAGAAACUACUACAUUCUCCCUUACAGUAGAAAGAUCCAUCACAAAGCUAAGCAAUUAGGUUUUAGGAAAUUUAUAAACGGAGCACCUUGUGGAUAUGCUUCUAUACUAUAAAAUAGAUGGCUAGACGUUACUCGACAUGUUGGACUUUGUUGAUGCUUACGAACGAUAGGUUGUGGAAACGCGCGAUCGCCAUUCAAGAUCCGGUUAAAAAAAGUCGUUUUUCGUUUAAAAAAAAUACAGCAUUGUAGGCUACUACUGAUUAGUUAUGAACUGUUCCUAACCAAAUAUAAAUAAACUGAAAAUUUUUAAUUCUUGUGAGCGGCAGAAUUAAAAAGUGGUAUAAACAGUUAAUUUGAACCAUCAAGUUGCAAUACAAUGUGUAUCGUUUAUACGUUUUCUAUCAUUAACAUUUCAUCUUGUUCGAUGAGCGGCGUCCGAUAUUUUCUUUCGAAAGAUUAUGUUUUUCUAAUUUAGAAAUUCUAAUUUAUAACUUGUAACUUUUAUGCAAGAAAAAUCUGAUACAGUAGCUAAUAAAGCAGUGAUUUAAGUUGCAAUAGACGUACCGAGUAGCAAAAAGGAACCGAUCAUACAACUAGUAAGGAAAGCUUAGAAAAUAUGUGUUUUUCUUGUAUCCAUCAAAAUAGAAGAUCAAAUCGAAUGUCAAAGAAUUUAUACCGAAAUUGUUUUUGAUGCUGGAAUUAAAAAGAUAGCACGUAAAAAUAAAAAAGACUACUG